AUGCAUAAUAAUAGUAACUUUUUUAGAAAUGAUUUGAAUUUGAAGAAAAAGCAAACUUCUAUCAAAACAAUUACAAGUCUUAUUGGUUUGUCAGGUGUGACUAUUUGGUACAUACACAAUAAAAAAGUAAUUCAUGCAGAUACAUCCAGUAAUCUUGUAAAAGAUUCAAUUGAAACUAUAGAGGAGCCAGAAAGUAAAAUUAGAAUUCCAGCAUGCAUAACACUACGUGAUGGAUCAAAGGCGGUACUUAUUGGGAUGGGAACUAGAAGAGUUUCGUUUUUGAAUAUAAAUGUAUAUAUUGUUGGAAUGUAUAUAAGAGAAAAAGAUAUUGAAAUACUGAAAAAAUGGAAGGGUUUUGAUAAAGAGAAAUUUAUGUCUUCAAGUGAUGAAUCAGUUGCGUCAAUGUUAUUGGAUCAACCUAUUGAAAUCUCCAUUAGGAUAGAACCUAUUAGAAACACCAACGGACAACAUUUACGAGAUGGAUUUGCAAGAGCUUUAAACAUUAGAUUACAAGACGGGAUAGUGGAAGCAAUCAAGAUAUUUAAAACAAAAUUUUCAAAAUCAAUUAUAAGAGCUGGCACUGCUUUAGUUCUUACUAGACUGAAAGAUGGAGGUUUAAGAAUGGAUUAUGAGGGGAAAGAAAUGGGGAUUGUAUAUAAUGAUUGGUUAUCAAAAAAUAUUUUUAUGGGAUAUUUAUCGGCGAAACAUCCAAUAUCUAUAAAG